CCGGCCCCGCUCCCGCCCCGGUCCCGCUCCCGGUCCCGCUCCCGGACCCGGCCCCGUUCAGUCCCGGCCUGUCCCGUCCCGGUACCGCCAUGACGCUCCUCGCCGCCGGCAGCCGGGCGGCCGCGCGCCUCCGCGGGCCCAAGAAUGCGCCGUGUGUCCUCUUUGCUGCUCGCCACGCCAGCGCCGCCACGAACCUCAAAGACGUCCUGGCCACCAUGAUCCCCAAGGAGCAGGCGAAGAUCAAGAGCUUCCGGCAGCAGCACGGCAGCACGGCCAUCGGGCAGAUCACGGUGGACAUGGUGUACGGUGGCAUGAGGGGCAUGAAAGGGCUGAUCUACGAGACCUCCGUGCUGGAUCCUGAUGAGGGCAUCCGCUUCCGUGGCUACAGCAUUCCCGAGUGCCAGAAGAAGCUGCCCAAAGCUGCAGGGGGAGAGGAGCCGCUGCCUGAGGGACUCUUCUGGCUGUUGGUGACUGGAGAAAUCCCAACCCAGGAGCAGGUGACCUGGCUGUCCCGGGAGUGGGCCAAGCGUGCAGCUCUGCCCUCCCACGUGGUGACCAUGCUGGACAACUUCCCCACCAACCUGCACCCCAUGUCCCAGCUGAGCGCCGCCGUCACCGCCCUCAACAGCGAGAGCAAAUUCGCCCGCGCUUACGCCGAGGGCAUCCACCGCGCCAAGUACUGGGAGUUUGUGUACGAGGACGCCAUGGACCUGAUCGCCAAGCUGCCGUGCGUGGCCGCCAAGAUCUACCGGAACCUUUACCGCGAGGGCAGCGGCAUCGGGGCCAUCGACCCCAACCUCGACUGGUCCCACAACUUCACCAACAUGCUGGGCUACACCGACCCGCAGUUCAUCGAGCUGAUGCGGCUCUACCUCACCAUCCACAGUGACCACGAGGGAGGGAACGUGAGUGCCCACACGAGCCACCUCGUGGGCAGCGCCUUGUCUGACCCGUACCUCGCCUUCGCCGCGGCCAUGAACGGGCUGGCCGGGCCCCUGCACGGCCUGGCCAACCAGGAGGUGCUGCUCUGGCUCACUGACCUGCAGAAGGAGCUGGGCCAGGACGUGUCGGACGAGAAGCUGCGGGAUUUCAUCUGGAACACGCUCAACUCGGGCAGGGUGGUGCCGGGCUAUGGGCACGCGGUGCUGCGGAAGACGGACCCGCGCUACACCUGCCAGCGGGAGUUCGCCCUCAAGCACCUGCCCAAGGACCCCCUGUUCAAGCUGGUGGCACAGCUCUACAAGAUCGUCCCCAACGUGCUGCUGGAGCAGGGCAAGGCCAAGAACCCCUGGCCCAACGUGGAUGCCCACAGUGGGGUCCUGCUGCAGUACUACGGCAUGAAGGAGAUGAAUUACUACACGGUGCUGUUCGGGGUGUCGCGGGCCCUGGGCGUCCUGUCCCAGCUCAUCUGGAGCCGGGCGCUGGGAUUCCCCCUGGAGAGGCCCAAAUCCAUGAGCACCAAGGGCCUGAUGCAGCUCGUGGGCUACAAAUCCGGGUAAAGAAGGGACGGGGACAAAGCUCCCGCAGGGAACGCCGCGCUGCUGGGCCCGGCCCGGACGCCCUCGGCACUGAACCCCCCUCGGGACCCCCCCCCGGCUGCUCCCCCUCCCCUCCCACCCGCCUUGGG